UCAUCUUCUUCGACACUGAACCACCGUUCUACUUCUUCCCCUCUGCAAAAUCCAGCAAUCCCUGGUAAACCCAUACAAUGUAGAUGUAAACAGAGGAAAAUGCAACUCAAAUACUCAGCAAUGGCGAAAUUCCGAAUCGUCAGGUACCCGAAACGUGUUCCGUUAAGAGUCUGGCUUUGUUUCCAAAAAUCUCAAGGUCUCCUCGUGGGUGGAAACCACACCUCCUCCAGGUUUUGUACUCGCUAGAUCUCUCAAUCCCCAACCUCACCGGUUUUUCUCAUCAAAAUUCCCUUUCAAAAGGCAACUUUUUUAACUCUAAACAAGUGAUUUUCUGAAAUCCUCUGCUUUUCUUUACUAAUCAUGGCCGUGGAGCUCUUAAAGCUCCAACUGAUCUACUACCACAAUCUCGCCUUCAAGAAGAGAGCUAUGGUUAAACUUUUGCUCUUGGCAGCUACAAUGGCGUCAAUCCCUUGCUUCAAUCUGUUCAUGCCAAUCGACGGCUGUGAUCCGUCUUGGACCAUCGAAGCCACUAAAGUCCGACUGAACUCAUCAGAUCUGGACGGUGCAUUCAGAGAUUUAAUGGCUGCAAAUUGGCUGGUCGACGGCUACGAAACUCUCUCAAUCGGCCGUAACUCAGCAAGGGCAGUGAUGAUUCUGAGGAAAUUGGGUUUCCCUGACGCUAUGGGGCUCUACAGAUCGUGCGCGUCUCUGUUCCGACACCGUCGACAGCUGAGGGCUUUGCCGUUUCACGAUGGAUCGUUUGAUUUCGUGUUUUCGACGGAAAUGAUAGACGGCGUUAGGGUUCCGGCAAGGCUGGUUCUGGAGAUGGAGAGAGUUCUGAAACCAGCACGUGUCGGCGUGGUCAUGCGACGCGUGUCUGAGAAUUUUCCGAUGACGGCGAUUAUGAAGGCCGCCGCCCCUGUGGCUGCAUUCUUGAGGUUUUCCGACGUCGUCGCCGUCCGUACGGUGAAUUGUACUGUCCUGGUGGUUUUUAAGAAAAGAACGAUGGUCGCUGGCCUGGGCCACGAGAACCACAAAGCGAUGGAACAGAAGAAAGUUCUCCCAGGUGAUAUAAUGACCAAAAUACCCCGGGACUCAACGGGAAAUUGCGUUGGUACCAAUGCAACACCGUCCUCCAAAGCUGAUUUGUCGGUGGCGAGGAAGAGUUUGAGAGGCCCAAUUACUGAAAUGCCCCGUGACUCAGCGGUAAAUAACGUGGGUACCUAUGGGACUCUGACGAAGCAGCAGCCUUUGUCCGAAGCUGGAUUCGGGGUAAAUGGGAAUAGUGCGAGAGCUUUAAUUACUGAAACGCCCCGGAAAUCGGUGGCAAAUGGCGUCGCUGCUUAUGCGACUCUGAAGAAGGGGCUGCUGCCAGAGACCGAAACCGGGAAGAGUGCUGGAAAUUUAAUUACCGAAAUGCCCCGGGACUCGGCUGGAAGUCACCUUGGUGCGUAUUCGAGUGUGAAGAAGCGAUAUCUGCUGAAUAUGCCACCGUUUGGGACUAAGAAGCGUUACGGGAAUGGAGGGUGAUUUGGUAACUUCGUUCUAUCCUGUGUACGGACUACGGAGUAGUAAAUAAACAUGAAAUAAGAGGGAAUUGACACAUGUGAUCUAUGACGCACGUGGCAAUGACCCCUCACUGGCAUGUGGUUUCUUUCGAGUGUGUGCUCUUGUUGUUGUUGUUGUUUUGUCGUUUGUGUUGCGGACCUUGUGGUGUCAGGACUUUCACUUGUUUGCAUGCUUGGAAUGGCAAUGGAGAUGUUGAGAUUGUCCUUUGUGUCCA